UCUUAAUAAUUUGGCCCCAUCUAUAUAACUCUCUCUGCCUAACCAGAGAGACCCCAUUACUGACCUCCCUCUCUCUCUCUCUCUCUCUCUCUCUCUCUCUCUCUCUCUCUCUCUCUUUGCUUUGCUCUCUCUCACACUUUCUCUGCUUUUCUGGUAUGACUGCUGACGUGAGCUCUCUCGUACGGAUACUGAGUAGGUACAAAGACGAUCGAACGGCGGCAAAAGAUUCCAUCGGAACGAGAUCAACGGUUACCCUCAUGACACGCGAUCUCCUCGGAGGCAGCAGUUGUGGGGGACGAGGAGAAGGAGGAGAGGAUAAGUCCCUGGAGCUUGACCUUGACCUCCAUGUCCCUAACGGUUGGGAAAAACGUCUCGACUUAAAGUCAGGGAAAGUUUAUCUGCAACAAUGCAAUCGAACAAGCUCGUCUUCAUCGACUCACCAGACAGUUCCGAGGUUUCAAGAUUUAAAUUUCCCGCCGACCCCCGGUAAAUCUACGGCGAAACCAUUGUUAAGCCUCUUCGACGAAAACAACGACGACGCAAGCCUCGAACUGAAGCUAGUCCCUUCUUCUCUCUCUCCUCCUCCUCCUCCUCCUCCUCCUCCGUCUCUCUCGUAUCUAUCGAGUGUUUGCACGCUCGACAAAGUGAAAUCGGCUUUGGAGCGGGUGGAGAAUAAUGUAAAAAAACGCCAAUCGCCAGAAGAAGACAGCGUUUGCGAUCAAAACGCUUCGGACGCGGCGUCUCAGGUGGCGGCUGGGUGUCCAGAGUGCUUAUCGUACGUUUUGGUAGCCAAGAACAAUCCGAAAUGCCCGAGGUGUCACUCGUUUGUUCCUUUGCCUGCCAUGAAGAAGCCUAAGAUUGAUCUCAACAUAUCGAUUUGAAAAAAAAAACUCAUGGGUGGGAUAACAAUUGAAUGGUUCUUAUUUUUUAGGUUCGAUUUCUGUAAAUGAUAGAUUAAUCAGAGGGUUUCAUUGGAAAGAAAUUGAAUGCGAAAAUAGGAAGAUAUGAGGGUUGUUUUUUUUUUUUGUCUAUAUUGUUCUGUAUUGGAUUUUCUGAUAAAAUAUUUUUAUCUUAUUUUAAAAA